AUGGACAGAUACUUCUUGCCACUAAACACAACAUCUGUUGCUGCACAACUCUCUCUCAACACCACAGUUUAUACCAACUCCACUGUCAAACCUUUCAGCGUGUUUGAUGGAUGUGAGAGGUACAUCGAGGCAAUUCUGUUUGACCUUACCAUACAGACAAUCAAUGUAAUUGUAGGGAUACCUGCCAACUUGCUGGUUAUUGCAAUUCUUAUCCACAAUCGCAAAGAACCGUCUACUUCGGACCUGUUCCUGGGCUGCUUGGCCUUCAUGGAUGCCUACUUUGGCAGCAUGACCCCCCUAAGCUUCUUAAAUCUAUACUUCUGGCAUAGCAAAGAGGUGUGGUCAGCUAUUAAGUUUUCCUUUGGUGUAAAAGACUCCAGCGGCCCGUUGUUUCUCUCUUGUAUCUGCCUAGACCGAUUUGUGGCGGUGCUCUUUCCGAUCACGUUUGGGCAGCUGAAACCCAUCAAGUACAGGUUAAGCCUCACACUGCUGGUAAUCUGCCUAACCCUUGCCUACUCUACAGCCAAGAUGGUGGGUGGUCUCCCCAACUUUGAAAAGGUAUUCACUUUCGAGGUCCUUGCAGUUUUUUCCUGGAUGGUGGUGUGUAAUGCAAGCAUCUUAUGGGUCCUGAAGAAACCACGUGGUGCGGGGAAAGAUGACAUGCACCCCAUGAAGAAGAAAGCCUUCAAGAUGGUGCUCUCCAUCCUCUGUAUCAUUGUGUUCAACUAUUUGCUCCUUGUUGCACUGUUCCCAUUUGAAGACCAUUACACUCCUGAUGUGUUUCGUUGCUAUGUGCAGCCUGUGGGCUUUGCUUUUCUAAACAUUAGCAGCACUAUCCAACCACUUGUAUACUUGUGCCGUCUGGAGAAGGUUCCUUUCCUCCCAGAUGCUUGUCUUAAAAAACUUACUUUCCGCGUCACCACAGAAAACAGUCAAAAUGUCUCUGCACAAAAACCAUCUGCUUAG